GUUCACAGUACUACCCCUAGAAUCUAUCUUAUAAAGGCUGAAUCUAUAGAUCUCUGGUAGCAUGGCCCAAACCCUAUUGCAAAAAGACUUUGCUCAACAUUUAACCUCUUUACAACAUUUGAUACUGUACUUCUCAGCCUUGCGGGAAUCUUCAACAUACCUAACACCUUUUCAAUCAUGUCUGAAUCAGCAGCAGGAGACGGUGAUGCUAUUUUCAAGCUCUACCGAUAUGACCCGUCAAUGGCAGCGGCUGUCAUCUUCAUCAUUCUUUUUCUAUCGGUCACUACAUUGCAUACAUAUCAACUUGUCCGAACCAAGACGUGGUUUUUCUGUUGCUUUGUCAUCGGCGGCUACAUGCAGGUGAUUGGUUACAUCGGUAGAGCUGUCUCUUCCAGCGAAAGCCCCAACUGGACGGUGAAGCCCUAUGUGGUCCAGACUUUGCUGUUGCUUAUCUCACCAGCUUUAUUUGCGGCGAGCAUUUACAUGAUCCUCGGACGUAUCAUCAUCAUUACCGACGGCGAACGGCACUCACCUAUCAAGAGGGUCUGGCUGACAAAGAUCUUUGUCGUCGGUGAUGUCGCCUCCUUUAUUCUUCAAGGCGCAGGUGGUGGCAUGAUGGCAGGCGGUUCCCUCGAGGCUCUUCACAAUGGCGAACGCAUCGUCAUUAUAGGCCUCAUAGUUCAAAUCGUCUUCUUCUCACUCUUUGCCGUGACUGCGGCCGUAUUUCAUAUGAGACUCGUGGGUUCCAUGUCCGCAAAGGCAGCUGUAUCAGGGAUUCCAUGGCAGAGGUACCUCUAUACGCUGUACACCGCGUCUGGUCUGAUCCUUGUGCGGUCGGUCUUUCGCCUGAUCGAAUACGCACAAGGCAAUGCGGGCUAUCUUAUUUCCCAUGAAGCUUACCUUUACAUCUUUGACAGCGUCUUGAUGUUCCUCGCGAUGGUGUUGUUCGCAUUUGAGCACCCAAGUCAGCUGAAUGCCAAACUGAACGGAGGGGGAACGGCUGUCAGAAAUGGGAUUCGAUUGUAUUGGGAGAAGUAGGAAGUGAUACUGCUUUGUAGCUAUUAUGGACUCUGGCAGUCCUAGACGUUCAAAUGCUAUAUUGAAGGUCACUGAGAUGAGGUCUCGAGCAGCUUGAUAAUUUAGAUCUGAAAAGCCACCAACAUUAGAUUUCCCCUUUGUCCAUAGGAUUUAGUUUUAAACCUGUAAAUCACUGCAAUGAAUGCUUGCUUGCAAGAUAAGG